AUGGAGACCGUGACAGGCGACACCUGCACUGACAAUGCAGCCUCAGCUGCUGCUGCCACGUCGUCUAUGUUUGUGUUUACAGCAGAAAAGGCGGGUAUGAAGGGCGUCGACAAGCAGCACGUCCAGGAGGUGGUGCACAAGAUGUCAAAGGACUCGACGUACUAUCAAAAGUCCCUACGUGACAACGAAAAGGUCCAGCAGCGAGUGGUUGCCAUGCGACAGAAGCUCUCGCGUUUGUCACGCGCGCAGCUGUUGCGGUUGCAACAGGAGACCGACGUCCGCGUGGCUCAGAUGGAGGCGGCGCGCGACCUCUCGCGCAUCAUUGUGGUCGUCGACAUGGACAUGUUUUACGCGGCGGUCGAGAUGCGGGACAAACCCGAGCUGCGGGACGUGCCGCUUGCGGUCGGUGGACUCAAUAUGAUCAGCACGGCCAACUACGCAGCGAGGCAGUAUGGCGUGCGUGCGGCCAUGCCAGGCUUUAUUGCGAAAGAGCUCUGUCCGGAGCUCCACUUUGUACCGGUGAACAUGGAGAAGUACAAACGCGUUGCGGCUCAGAUCCGCGUAGUGUUUGCCGAGUACGACCCCGACUUUGAGGCGUUCAGUCUCGAUGAAGCGUGUCUUGACCUGACCGACUACGUGACCACGCACUGGCAGAAGCACGUGUCAGCUGCUGCAAGCCAUGCUGCAAAUAUCGCAAUGGAUGACGAGGAAGCGUGGACAGCAACGGCUGCUGGACGGGCUGCGCUAGCAGAAGUGAUUGUUUGUGAGCUACGCGAGCGGAUCUUCGACAACACGCAGCUUACGGCCAGCGCUGGGAUUGCAGCGAACGUGAUGCUGGCCAAGAUCUGCUCGGAUAUGAACAAACCGAAUGGGCAGUACGUGCUGCCGUUCACGCGCGAGAGUGUGAUGAGCUUCAUUCGAGACUUACCGGUGCGCAAGAUCGGCGGCAUUGGCAAAGUCACGGAGAAGAUACUCAACGAAGCGCUGAACGUGUCCACUGGUGCAGAUCUGUUCGCACAGCGUGGGCACAUCGCGUACUUGUUUUCGGACAAGACGGCCGAGUGGCUGCUACGGACCUCACUUGGCGUGCGCGAGCGACGCGAGAAACAAGAGCGCAAGAGCUUUAGCCGCGAGCGCACGUUUGCGCGGUUGAGCGAUCCCACGCAGCUCGAAGCCAAGUGCAAGGAGAUCUGCGUCGUGCUCGCCGCUGAUCUUGAGAAGGCUGAAAAAGCGGCAAAGAACGUGACGUUUGUCUUCAAGGACACGAACUUUGCCCGCUGUUCGCGAUCCACGACGCUCGCAUCUGCGGUGUUCACGGCCGAUGAUCUGUUUGCGACGGCCGUCGAGUUGUUACGCCGUGAGUUGCCGCUCACGUUGCGUCUAAUGGGCGUCCGGGCAGCUACGUUGGUAUCCCGUGCAAAGACAUUGAGGGACAGUGCUCAGAAGGGGUUGAUGGGGCACAACAAGAAGCGGCAAAUUGCGAUCCAUCAGUUUGCUGAACACGUGGACGAUCCCGCGACGGUGUUCACGGCAGUAGACACUGGAAGCGAACUCGGGAGCGUCGUCCGAAAACAAGUCGAUGCGGCGGAGAUUCCUUCUCCUGCACUCGUAGCAACCACUUUGUCCAGCAAAAAGAGGUCCUAUCCAGAAAACGACAAGACCCUUUCGGAUCAAGUUGAUGACCAGCUCAAGUUGAGUGCACCGGAUGGCAUUCGUUGUGCCAGAAGCGACAGCCGACGUGCACGAAUAGAGAAGACACGAAUACCCGAUCGUCCGCAUGCGUUUGCGCCCACACUGAGCGCGAAGAGUCCAGUGGAAGUGGAACAUCAGCCGUGUCCGGUUUGCGGGAAACGGUUAAAUGUGUGGAACAAUGUUGAGGUGAAUGCUCACAUGGAUGUGUGCGUCGUGAGCACACCCUCUUCGUCGUUGAGGCCGUCUGCGCAGCGAGUGGUACGGAAGCAGCUGAUGAAGAACGGGAUCCCGCACGUGUUUGCCCGUGUCCAAAACAAUGCAGAAGAGGCUGCUGCAGAUGCAAAGCCGUGUCCCGUAUGUGGAAAGUUGCUGAAUGUUCGGAAUCGGAUGGAGGUGAACGUGCACAUGGACGCAUGUGUUGCUCGAGAUCGCUCUUCGGCAGGACGGACGAGAGGCAAGAAGACAAGUGCUCUCGAGAUGCUGUCGAGGAAGAAACCCGAGAAUAGCAUCGGCGUGUUCUUUCGUAAGCACUACAAUGACACGUGA